AAAAGACGAAGGCGAUGGUGGAUGAUAAAAAUUCACAAAAAUCAUACAAGAGAAUUUAUAGAAGAAAAAAUUAAUGAGCUGCUUUAUGAACCAUCAGGACAGUUUCACAACUUUUGUCGUAUGAGUUUUGCAGAUUUUGAAUAUUUGCCAAACAAAAUAUCACCUCUAAUUUCGAAGCAAGAUACUGACUUCAGAGACGCCAUACCAGCUAAAUAUCGUCUAGCAAUAACAUUAAGAUUCAUUGCAUCUGGUGACAGUUAUAAAAGUUUACACUAUUUAUUCAAAGUAUCCUCCCAAAUCAUCUCAAAAAUCAUACCUGAAGUCUGCAAAGCUAUUAACCAAGUUCUGAGGGAUGAAAUAAAGAUGCCAUCAACGAAAGAUGCUUGGAUGAAUAUUGAAAAAGGAUAUAGAAGCAAAUUUCCGCACUGUCUGGGUUCCAUAGAUGGCAAACAUAUUCUUAUAGAAAAUCCACCUCAUAGCGGAACGGAGUAUUUUAACUAUAAGAAAACAUUUAGCAUCGUUCUUUUGGCGUUAGUUGAUGUCAAUUACAAAUUUAUAUUUGCAGAUAUAGGAUGCCAAGGGAGAAUAAGUGAUGGUGGCGUUUUUAAUAAUUCGUUACUAUGGCAAAAGAUCUCUAGAAACGAAAUAGAUUUUCCUACACCAUGCCCACUUCCUGGAUCGAACAUAGAUGUGCCGUAUGUUUUCAUAGGCGACGGCGCUUUUGCAUUAAUUUGCCAUUGUUUGCCAAGCGUGUGGACGGGGCUUGACACGCUGCAGAAUGCGAUCGUUCGUUGUCUCGUGACGCAUCUUUUCCGCUGUGACCGGCAGGCUCCCCUCCAAUACAAAAUUGACGUAAGCGGCGCGCUCCUCGCAGGCUUCGCUCUCUCCCCGCGACUCCUCAUCCCCCGCGCCUAUUGA